AUGACUGUUUCUGCGCUUUUGAGAAGCCGUGUCAGACGGGCGUCGAUGCUGUCAAAGCUCGCAAAGGCGGAAGACUUGAUUCACUACUUUCCCAAUGGAGCUUAUAUUGGUUGGUCUGGCUUCACGGGUGUUGGCUAUCCCAAAAAAGUCCCAACUGCAUUAGCAGACCAUGUCGAGAAGAAUAAUCUGGAAGGGAAACUGAAAUAUACGCUUUUUGUGGGCGCGUCGUCUGGUGCGGAGACUGAAAACCGAUGGGCGCGACUUAAUAUGAUCGAUAGAAGAUCGCCUCAUCAAGUCGGGAAGGAUAUUUCCAAGGGCAUCAACAAUGGAAAUAUCAAGUUUUUCGACAAGCAUCUCAGCAUGUUCCCGGCAGACCUUGUAUAUGGCUGGUAUACACGAAAUAGGCCCAAGAAUAGGCUCGAUGUCGCCGUUAUCGAAGCCUCUGCUAUUACCGAAGAAGGCGGGAUCAUCCCCGGAGCUUCUGUCGGGGCAUCUCCAGAGAUUGUCCAGAUGGCAGAUAAGAUUAUUAUCGAAGUGAACACUGCAGCUCCCUCUUUCGAAGGAUUGCACGACAUCACUUUGUGUGAUAUUCCUCCUCGACGAAAGCCAUACCUCAUCAUGGCCCCAGAAGACCGCAUUGGAACCAAUCACAUUCCGAUUGACCCCGACAGAGUCGUCGCUAUUGUUGAAUCUGAUUACCCCGAUCAAACGCAACCAAACGCUCCAGCCGACGAGGCGUCUCGUGCCAUUGCAAGUAACUUGAUCGAAUUCCUUCAACACGAAGUCAAAAUGGGUCGUUUGCCAAAGAACCUUCUCCCCAUCCAGUCUGGCAUUGGCAACAUUGCCAACGCAGUUAUUGGCGGCCUAGCUGAAGGCGGCGCCAACUUCCAUAACCUCAAGGUCUGGACCGAAGUCUUGCAGGAUUCGUUCCUGGAUCUCUUCGAUAGUGGUAACCUAGACUUUGCCACUGCCACUUCCAUUCGUUUCUCGCCCGAAGGAUUUAAGCGGUUCUACGACGGAUGGGAGCACUACUAUGACAAGCUCCUCCUUCGUUCGCAGCAAGUCUCCAACUCUCCUGAAAUCAUCCGCCGGCUCGGUGUUAUCGGCAUGAACACGCCCGUCGAAGUUGACAUCUACGCACAUGCCAACAGCACUUGCGUCAUGGGCUCGCGUAUGCUGAAUGGCCUGGGCGGCUCAGCUGAUUUCCUGCGUAGCUCCAAGUAUAGCAUCAUGCACACUCCCAGCACACGUCCCAGCAAGACCGAUCCAACUGGUAUCACUUGCAUUGUUCCAUUCUGCACGCACAUUGAUCAGACGGAGCACGAUUUGGACGUCAUUGUCACUGAACAGGGCUUGGCGGAUGUUCGAGGUCUUUCACCCCGUGAGCGUGCACGUGUGAUCAUCGAUAAAUGCGCUCAUCCCGAUUAUAAGCCUAUUCUGCAGGAUUAUUUUGACCGGGCUGAAUCCUACUGCCUCCGCAAGGGAAUGGGCCACGAGCCACACUUGUUGUCCCAGGCGUUUAAGAUGCAUCAGAAUCUGCAGGAAAAGGGAACCAUGAAAAUCGAUGGAUGGGAAUAA